AUGAGGGACAUAAAAGUAUCAAUGGAACCGCAAGAAAGAUGUGCAACAAAAGCAAUCAAGGAACCAAUCCACGUGGUCACGACAAGUUGGAUUUUCCAUAAACUGUACAUCAACUGUCUAGAGCCAUUGCCAAGAACUUCAGGAGGCCACGAACAUGUUGUAUUGGCAGUUGAAGAAUUGACUAGGUAUGGGUGUUUCGCAGUGCUUGUUUUGGACAGGAGUACCGAAUUUAAGAACAAUGUGUUAGCCGAAUUGGCAAUUAGGUUGAAUGUCGAUCAGAGGUUUGUGGCCAGCUACCACCCGGAAGCAAACGGACGUGCAGAACAAACAGUGCAAAAAUUCACCAGAAUCUUAAGAAAAAUUUGUGCAGAAAAGCAAAAUAAGUGGCAUGAGUAUGUCAGAAGCACGAUUUGGGCAAUUAAUAUAACAGUAAGUGAUUUGGGAUAUUCACCAUUCCGCCUAGUAUAUAGACGCGAUGCUGGAUUGGUAGUGGAUCUUAAAAGGGCGCAAAUUGAAAAGGAUGAAUUAAAAUAUCAGUGGAAGGAAUUACAUGACAAAAAGGCAAGAGUAAAAGAGACUUACCAAAUAGAGGACUUGGUCCUAGUAUAUAACUCGAUGUUGGAUAUGUCGCUCCGAAAAUUGGAUUACCGAUGGAUGGGACCUUAUAGGGUUCGAAGUGUAGGAAAUUAUGGACAAGUGUAUUUAAAUGAGCUUGAUGGUCCUCGAAGACGAGAACCACUGGGGUUCAGCUCCUGUCGCAUAGUUUUUGAAGAGCCUUUGUAUUUAGUAAAAGGGAUGCAGAUCGAUAGCAAAAUGUACUAUGAAUCGAUAAGUGAAAAAGUGCGACGGGAAUAUGGUUCGAACGAUUCAUGUGAUCAUGUGAUCGAUCAGGGCCGUAUGGAAGAUCAUAGUGUCGGGCGGCAUUA